ACCCACCUGAAUCCUCUUCUCCUGACAACAUGUGUUGCAACUACGGGAACUCCUGCGGCUAUGGCUGCGGAUGCGGCUAUGGCUGUGGCUAUGGCUCAGGCUAUGGCUGUGGCUAUGGCUCAGGCUGUGGCUGUGGCUAUGGCGCCCGUUGUGGCUGGGGCUACGGCUCAGGCUGUGGCUGUGGCUAUGGCUCAGGAUGUGGCUGUGGCUAUGGCUCCCGUUGUGGCUGUGGCUAUGGCUCAGGCUAUGGCUGUGGCUAUGGCUCAGGAUGUGGCUGUGGCUACGGCUCAGGAUGUGGCUGGGGCUAUGGCUCCCGUUGUGGCUGUGGCUAUGGCUCCCGUUGUGGCUGUGGCUAUGGCUCAGGAUGGGGCUGUGGAAAAGGCUCCUGCUGUGGCUGUGGAUAUGGCUAUGGCUCUGGCUGCUGUGGCUACCGGCCAUUUUGCUACAGAAGAUGCUAUUCUUCUUGCUGCUAGGCCUUCGCUCUCCAAGCCCCAUUUGCUUCUGAAAUGGCACCACCAAAGCAACAGCUGAAGCAAGAAUCUGUACCCCAAGAAUUCUACAUCCAGGAAAUUGCAUGCUUGACAGAGGCUUUGACCCCCAGUGAACGUUUCUGAGGAUGGGAUCUUAAGGCUCCAGGCUGUGUGAU